GGAGGGAGUAAGUAUAUUGUAUUUUAAAAUAAAGAUUAAUGUUAAGUAAAUCAGAAAUAAAGAUAAAGUGACGUCGUUAAUGGAGAGCAACAACUUUAGUGGCAACUAACAACUUUAAGGGCAAGGUGUUUAACUUCCUCCGCUCAAGAGCUCCAUUGAAGCCACUAUUGAACUUUUUCUUCUUCAAUUUCUUAACGGAAUAAUUAUUUUGACAAUGUCAAUUAUCAAAAGCUGAAACUACCAAUUGUUGAACCCUAGAUUAAUGCAAAAACACACACAAGUAAUGCAGUUAAAAAAAAAAAAGUACUAUAUGCAAUGAUUUGACCUAAAAUAUGAGAUAAAUGUCUAAUUAGUGCAAAUAAUUUGAAAUAGAGAUAGUAAAUGUUGGAAAUGUUUUAUGAAGACCAAAGUACCCAUACAUUUUCCGGUUUCCCACUCGUUCUACAAUUACUCAGUCAUACUCUCCUCAAACACUAGUUCUUUCGUCCCUAACCAAAUAAAAAUUUUCGUUGUUCAAAUGUUCGUUGAUCUAUCAACUCAAAUUUAAUGGUAUCGCAUGCUUCUAACGGUAGCUCGUAUUGGGUUUCGGAAAAUUCAUCGAUUUUGUAGGUUAACUUGAAGUCGCCGGAAUUAUUAUUUCAGGAAACGCUGUAAAACUCGUAACACCAAUCAUGAAACGGAGGAGACCUUUUACUUCUCCUGGUUCUGCUGUUAAGUGCACAGCUCCCUCAACCCCACCAACUCCGCGCAAUGUGGACAUCACCCAGUUUGCUAAAACCAAAACGAACCUCAACUCGGAAACUUUGUCCCACUCUUCAAAUAGACCGUCUAAGAGAUCUCUUUCGCAAAUUCUCAAAAUCCAAAACUUGCCAACCGAUAAAUGGGUGCCCCUUGAUUUGGGGAAAUCAGAGCUGUCUUUGCCCCUGACUUUUCCAACUGGACAGACCUUCAGGUGGAAGAAAACAGGGACACUCCAAUACACUGGCGUUGUCAAGUCUCAUCUGGUGUCCUUAAAGCACCUUGAAAAUGGUGAUGUCGCUUACCAAUUUCACCCGGUUAUCUGUUCUAAUUCCAGUUCCAUUUCCAACUUCACUGAGAAGGAGGAUGCUAAGAUAGCUUUGCUUGAUUUUCUCAAUGUGGGUAUUCGUCUGGCUGAUUUGUGGGAGAGUUUUGCAGCCUUUGAUCAGAGGUUUUCUGAGCUAGCACCCCAUUUGGCUGGUGCCCGUGUGCUUAGGCAGGAUCCUUUGGAGUGCCUCAUUCAGUUCUUGUGUUCAUCUAAUAAUAACAUUCAAAGGAUCACUCGAAUGGUUGAUUACAUUUCUUCUUUAGGUCAUUAUUUGGGGAGUGUUGAGGGGUUUCAAUUUUAUCAAUUUCCAUCAUUGGAGCGGUUGGCCAUGAUCUCUGAAGAGGAGCUAAGGGAGGCUGGCUUUGGUUAUAGAGCAAAAUAUAUAGUUGGCACAGUAAAAGCCCUGCAAUUGAAGCCUGGUGGUGGUGUUGAGUGGCUUUCUUCUUUGCGUGAAUUGGACCUUAAAGAAGUCAUAAAUGAACUCUCCACUUUUCCCGGUGUGGGUCCAAAGGUGGCAUCAUGUAUAGCUCUCUUCUCCCUGGAUCAACAUCAUGCAGUUCCAGUUGACACACAUGUCUGGAAGGUUGCUACGAGGUACUUUAUGCCUGAGCUUGCAGGUGUCCGUAUGACACCAAAGCUGUGCAGUAGUGUGGCUGAAGCAUUUGUUACUAGGUAUGGGAAAUAUGCUGGCUGGGCUCAAACCCUACUUUUUGUCUCUGAGUUGCCCUCUCAAAAAGCUAUCAUACCAUCAGAAGUUUGCUAUAUGAAAGAGAAGAAUCUGUUGGACAAAAAAGUUAUUUUGUGAAAAUGAAGACGUGUGUGUAGCCAAGUUGUGAUAAUGAAGAUUGGAGACGUAGAGAACAAAUGAUACUUUUCAUUCUGAUCCAUGGGCUGGUCUCUUGCUGGGUCUCGUCUUGCUGCUAAAGGUACUUCUCUAGUUCUCUGGACUUUGUUGCCCCCAUGGUCAACUUCAAAAGGAGGAUUUGGAGGCUAUGUUCAGCAAGUGGGUUACAUCAGGUAAUGUAUAUUGUUGGUGAGAUUCCUACGAUUGCUAUAAGACGUUUCAUUGCUAGCAAUUGGAAUCAUGUAGUUCAACCUGAAAUAUUCUUGCAUGAUGAAUGAGCGAUUAAAAUGAAACUUUCUGAAUCAUUCUUUACACCAAGACAUCAGACUUCUCCACCAGUGAGAGGCUUUUCUGGAAAUUAUGUCUCUGUUUGAAUUACGCUUAUAAAUUUUGGUUAUGAUUCUGUAAAUCGCCAACAAUGAGUUUCCAUAGGUCUCAUUCAUCUCAUCUUAGUUUGCA